AUGUUAUCGCUCCUGGCUCGUCGCGCCAACGUUUGCCGCCCCAGCAAUGUGACUAGACUGGCAUUCUCGACUACUGCAGCGCGACGUGAAGAAGCCGCUUCUCGCUUGAAGAACGCCGGUCAGCUUCCUCCUUAUGGACCAGUCGGCGUUGCGAGAGCCCUGGCUUCAGACACCUCCUCCCCUUCACAGCCCACACUUUUCUCCCAGGAGUUUUCCCUCGCAGACCGUGUCGCCCUUGUUUCUGGAGGCAAUCGAGGUCUCGGCCUGGAGAUGGCGCUCGCCCUUGUUGAGGCCGGCGCCCGAGCCGUUUACUGCGUCGAUCUGCCCAAGCAGCCCGGAGAAGAGUGGAAGCGUGUUUGCGACUACGCGGGACGCAUGGAAGGCUUGCCCAGUGAAGGUCGGCUCGAAUACCUCAGUGGCGACGUAAGGGAUCAAGAGGCAAUGUGGCGCAUUGGUGAGACCGUGGGCGCGCGCGAAGGCCGCCUCGACACAUGCGUGGCCGCUGCGGGCAUCCUGAAGACGCAUACGGACUGCCUGGAGUAUCCGCACAAGCAAUUCCAAGAGGUGAUGGAUAUCAACGUCAACGGCGUCCUCUUCACUGCGCAGGCUGCGGGCCGCCAGAUGGACAAGUUCGGGAACGGCGGGAGCAUCAUCCUCGUCGCGAGCAUGAGCGGAAGCAUUACGAACAAGGAUCACGCCUGGGUGUCGUACAACACGUCCAAGUCCGCCGUGCUGCAAAUGGCACGCAGCAUGGCCUGCGAACUGGGCCCGAAGCGCAUCCGCGUCAACACUCUCAGCCCGGGUCAUAUUUACACCAACAUGACCGCAGCCUACCUCGAUUCCCAACCGCAUUUGCUUGAGAAGUGGUCGAGCCUCAAUCCCUUCGGGCGCAUCGGGCGGCCAGAUGAGCUCCGCGGCGUGGUUACGUGGCUCGCGAGCGACGCGAGCACGUUCUGUACCGGAUCCGACAUCCUCGUCAGCGGUGGACAUCAUGCGUGGUGA